AACAGUGCAAGUUACCCGGACAUGUUUUCAGUGGACGCAGAGCUUGAACGAAUGGUUCCUGUUUUAUCAAUCUUCAUUAUAUUUAUUUUGUUCGUACUAACUAAUUUUUUCUUGUUGUACAUGAUUCCGGUAAAUAUAUAUAACCACUCGCCUCUGUCUUUGCGAAGAGGGACGUAAAUAAAGUGGAAAUUGGAUUUCACGUUGUUUAUUUCUUCUCAGGGCUCUGAAUGUCGCUAUGUGAUUGGCAUUAGUGCCAAUGACGAAAUGACAGACGUCUGUAUCUGCAGUUCCAGUUGAUUCUGAUCACAUUGUGGGCACAAAAGGCAACAGAUGAGGACAUUGAUUCACUUCUGCAAAAAACACUUCAGUUUACAUGGAAAAGGCUGAGGCUUGUUUCAGUGAUGACCUCAAGACUAAUCAGGUGUUUUAUGCAAAUGCACCUGAAGGAUCAUGUCAAGCAGAGUUUCCUUGCAAAGAUUCUGCCAGCUCUAACUUGCGGAUCCUAGAGGAAGAUGAAAAAGUGCUCAAGGGGAAGUACCACCAAAGCCUCCAUCUAUUCAAACCCUUCCGAACAACAAAUAAGCACAAACAUCCAAUUGACAAUUCAGGCCUAUUCUCUUUUAUGACCUUGAACUGGCUUUCUCCUCUAGCAUGGAAGGCCUACAAGUAUUCACAACUGGAAAUGACAGACCUCUGGAAUUUGUCCUCAAAUGAAUCCUCUGAAUUAAAUUCUCGACGAUUUGAGAAGCUAUGGCAAGAUGAACUGAAGAAACAUGGACGAGAGAAGGCCUCACUGGGACGAGUAGCAUGGCGAUUCUGUCAAACACGGGCUUUCAUCGCUGUUGGUUGUCUGAUGAUUACAAUGCUAGCUAGCUUUAUUGGUCCUGCCCUUGUUAUUAGGAAACUGUUAGAGUAUGCCCAGGCCCCACAGUCAAACCUUCAAUAUGGGCUGCUCUUAGUCUUGGGCAUUUUUACAGCAGAACUGAUACGUUCAUGGUCAUUUGCUCUGACCUGGGCUUUAAACUAUCGAACUGGAACUCGACUCCGUGGAGCAUUACUUACUUUGGCCUUUGAAAAAAUACUUAAACUACGAAACACAAAAGAUGUGUCAAUUGGAGAACUGGUGAACAUCUGCUCAAAUGAUGGACAACGUCUUUUUGAAGUGGCCUCUGUUGGUUCCAUGUUGACAGGAGGCCCCCUUGUCGCCAUACUUGGAAUCACCUACACUACAUUGUUCCUUGGACCAACUGCCCUACUGGGAUCAGCUGUUUUCAUUCUGAUCUAUCCAUUGCUGAUGUUUAUGUCUAGGUUGACAAGUUAUUUCAGAAAACAAUGUAUUGUCAUCACUGACAGUCGAGUGUGCCUGAUGAAUGAGAUUCUAAACUACAUCAAGUUCAUCAAGAUGUACACCUGGGAAAAAUUGUUUGCUGAGAAGGUUCACCUGAUCAGAAAUAGAGAGAGACAUUUUCUGGAGAAAGCAGGCUAUGUGCAGAGCGUCACAGUUGGAGUAGCUCCCAUUGUGGUUGUAGUAUCCAGUAGCUGCACAUUCACCCUUCACAUGGCAAUGGGAUAUGAUCUCACUGCAGCUCAGGCAUUUACCGUUGUUGCAGUUUUUAAUGCAAUGACCUUUGCCCUAAAGAUCACACCCAUAUCUGUAAAAGCAUUGUCUGAGGCAUCCAUUGCUGUGGGCAGAUUUAAGCAUUUGCUUUUAAUGGAAGAACUAGAAGUUGUAAGGAAAGAGCCCGAUAGUCCACAUAGUGCCAUAGAGUUUCAGAACGCUAGCUUGGCAUGGGAAAAGAGCAGUACCUGUUCCUUAGAGUGGCAAUCAAAAUUAAACAAGGAUGAAAUAAAGAAGAUUAAAAAAAGGAAGGAAAAAGAACUGACCAAGAAAAGGAAGAAUGUGUAUGUUGAAGGUGACCCAGAGAGCUCACUUCCCGAACAAAAUGAUCAUCUAUUACUUGGCACUAAAAUGCAAUUAGACCGUGACAACAUACACGUAAAUUUAUCAUCUCCAAAGCCCAAGCUCCAGAGUGUCUUGCACAACAUCAACCUAACUGUGGAACAGGGUAAACUGGUGGGAAUUUGCGGCAGUGUGGGAAGUGGAAAAAGCUCACUGAUAUCAGCUGUCUUGGGCCAGCUCAUACUGCUUGAAGGGACUGUUGCAGUGAGAGGCACUUUUGCUUAUGUAGCCCAACAGGCAUGGCUCCUUAAUGCAACUUUGCGUGAUAAUAUCUUGUUUGGCAAAAAAUAUGAGGAAGAAAGGUAUAAUAAUGUGUUGGAGGCUUGCUGUUUAUAUCCAGACAUAGAGGUUCUACCAUGUGGAGACAUGACUGAGAUUGGAGAACGUGGUGCCAAUCUCAGUGGAGGACAGCGACAGCGGAUUAGUCUUGCUCGUGCUCUGUACAGUGAUCGAAAUACAUUCUUGCUGGAUGAUCCACUGAGUGCUGUGGAUUCACAUGUUGGAGCUCAUAUGUUUACCCAUGCCAUUAAAUCUGGAAUGAUGGGAAAGACUGUUCUCUUUGUAACGCACCAACUUCAGUAUCUUGUAGACUGUGAUGAAGUACUGUUCAUGAGGGAUGGAUGUAUUGCAGAACAAGGAACACAUGAGGAACUGAUGACUCUUAAUGAAGACUAUGCUGCCCUCUUUAAUAGUAUGCAGCAAGCUAACCUUAUUCAGAAGAAUUUGAAAACCACCGCCAGAAAAACUGGACAUCAAGGACCGAGAAAUCUCCUGUCAGUGAGCAAGUCUGUGUCUAUUGUACAUGAAAAGAAGAAGGAAGGUCGAGGAUAUGGAACAGUAGUGAUCCGCAAAGUGGUAUCUGAGGGAGAUUUCAUGUACCAGGUCAGGGUUUUUGGAAGCAGGUCAUAUAUCAAACUACAAGGAAGAGAUGUAAGAAUGAGCGAGUCUGUGCAGAGUUUACCAGUGAUAUCAAAUCAGAGUUCAGCAGAUUCCAGCACAGAGUUUCAAACAAAGGAACCAGACAAGAAUGGAGCUGCAGAAAGUGCAAACAGUAAUGAAAUAGGAACAGAAGUGGUGGUCAGCAUAGUACCAGAACAAGAAAAAAAGAUGAAAGAGCAAGUUAAGGAUUGCAAGCAGGCAGAUUCUGAGGACAAACCUGAUGUGAUGGUGAAUGGCAAAAAAUCUGCAGUGUUUCGAUGGAAGCCUGUUGUCGUCCAAAUGCAUGAUGAAGACAGCAUUGAAUGGAGUGAGGGUGAUUUAAGUUACUUGUUCAGGACAGAACCCAGAGAUUUGGAGCCUCGGGUGGAGAUAGCGAAAGAUUUCAACAGUGAGAAGGACUUUGAUGAAGAAUUGAAUGCUGAAGCAGCCGAUGAUUUAAUUAGUCGUGAUUUUUUUCCAGAAGAGGAAACACAGAAGGAUCAGCUUAUGCAAGCUGAAGAAAAGGCUGGUGGUUCUGUGUCCUGGUCAACUUACGGAAUUUACAUCAAGGCAGCAGGAGGUAGUCUCGUCUUCUUUGUAAACAUUCUUCUGUUCAUACUGACAGCAGGCAGCAUAGCAUUCAGUAACUGGUGGCUCAGCUAUUGGAUUAAGCAAGGCAGUGGGAAUACACCUGUCACUAAAGGUAAUACAACCUACAUCAGCAACAGCAUGAGAGACCAUCCAAAACAGAGCUUCUACACUUGCGUCUAUGCUCUAUCCAUGGUGGCUGUACUACUUUUCAAGGCACUCCGUGGUUACACAUUUGUUAAGUGCACGCUUAGGGCCUCCUCCAAGCUCCAUGAUGCUCUAUUUAAGAAAAUUCUGAGGAGCCCAAUGCACUUCUUUGACACAACACCUCUAGGUCGCAUUCUAAAUAGAUUUGCUAAGGAUAUGGAUGAAGUGGAUGUGCGGCUGACCACACAGACUGAGAUGUUGAUCCAGAAUAUCAUCCUUAUACUGUUUUGUCUUGGUGUCGUCAGUUCAGUCUUUCCAUGGUUCCUUAUUUCAGUGUUACCACUCUGUAUUAUCUUCAUGAUAGUCAACAGAAUAUCAAGGGUUUUAGUUCGCGAGCUUAAGCGUAUGGACAGUAUCAGUCAGUCACCGUUUACAUCUCAUAUCACCUCCAGUGUCCAGGGUUUAGCCACCAUCCAUGCUUAUGACAAAGAAAGUGAGUUCCUGCAAAGGUACCAGGAACUACUAGAUUCCAAUCAAGGACCCCAUUUUCUAUUCAGCUGUGGCAUGCGAUGGUUGGCUGUUCGCCUUGAUCUUAUAAGCAUUAUACUUAUCACCGUUGUGUCAGCAAUGAUGGUUUUCAUGCAUGGAAGAAUUCCGCCAGCUUAUGCAGGCCUUGCCAUCUCUCAUGCAGUCCAGCUGACAGGACUGUUUCAAUUUACGGUCCGCUUAGCAUCAGAAUCAGAAGCCAGAUUCACGUCCGUAGAAAGGAUCAGGCAUUACAUAAUGAAUUUGGAAUCUGAAGCACCGUCACAUAUUCCAGAGACAGCACCUCCCCCUGAUUGGCCUCAGGAAGGACAAAUCCAGUUUGAGGAAGUGGAAAUGUGUUACCGUGAUACCUUACCAGUUGUGCUGAAGAAAGUUACAUUUACUAUUAAACCUCGGGAAAAAAUUGGAAUUGUUGGAAGAACAGGAUCGGGGAAAUCAUCCCUAGGAGUGACUUUAUUCAGACUGGUAGAAAUUUGCAAUGGAUCUAUUACAAUAGAUGGCGUGAAGAUUAGGGAUAUUGGAUUGGAUGACCUGAGAAAGAAGCUAUCCAUUAUUCCACAGGAGCCUGUGCUGUUUGUUGGGACAGUCAGGACAAACCUUGAUCCCUACAAUCAGUACACUGAUUUGCAAAUUUGGGAUGCAUUAGAAAGAGUUCACAUGAAAGAAAGUAUAAUGCAACUGAAUGAGAAACUCAACUUUGAGAUCACAGAAAAUGGAGAAAAUUUUUCUGUGGGAGAGAAGCAGUUAUUAUGUGUAGCUCGAGCCCUGCUUCAGCACAGCAAGAUUUUAUUACUAGAUGAAGCCACAGCUGCCAUUGAUACAGAUACUGACAUGUUGAUUCACAAGACCAUUCAGGAGGCAUUUUCUGAUUGUACAAUGCUGAUUGUAGCUCAUCGUCUUCACACGGUAUUAAACUGUGACAGGAUCAUGGUGCUGGAUCAAGGCGAGAUUGCUGAGUUUGACAGCCCCAGUGUCCUGCUCUCCAAUGACAACUCAAGAUUCCAUGCAAUGCUUAGCGCAGUGGAAAACAGGAUAAUAGCAUCACCAUCCAGCAGUUAAUCUCCUUGUUCAGCAAUCAAGUUGGAACGCUCCAGACUAUCACUGGCCACACUGCAUAGUGCAACCUCUCUACAUAAGAAACCAAAAAAAAAAUGGAGGACUCUUUGCAGAUGGAUAAAGUGAUUCCAAGUGAUCUGUCACUCAUGAAUACCUUAUUUAUUAUACUUUACAGACAGCACAAAACAUCAAGUAAUUUGACAGUGUUUUUGUCUUCUAAAGGGGAAUAUCUAAUGAAAUAUGUUGGGAGUAAUUAGUGUAAGAGUCCUUUAGUGAAAUACUGCACAAUACACUGCCUUUUGAGAAGGAACAGAUCUGUCUCAAUUUCAAACUGUAUGCAGAGCAGCCUUGGAAUAUUUUUAAAUUAAGUUUUUUGCUUAGAGCUUCCUUUCAAAGGUAUGUCUAAAUUAAUUAUUCUUUGUUAAAAAGCUAGUCUUUGAAUAUUAACAAGAAGGGAGGAAUCUUAAGUACUUAAUUGUAAAACCAAGAUUCAAAACUUAAAAGGUUGAAUGUAAGGUUGGACAUCUUCCAACGCAGAACUUUCUUGUGCUAAAAUUGGUUUUGAAAAUACAUAAAAAGGAUUUUCUUUCCCUUCUAAAGACUUCAAUCCUUAUUGUUUUGCCAGAACCAGGAACAUUUGGUAAGGACAACUUUGUAUCACCAUCAGCAAGUUUUCUGUUGUUUUCUAAAUGCAGCUCACUUUCAAUCCAUCUACUUUCUCGAGAAAGGGAGUGUAAUAUUAAUCUUUUACAAAUUUCUUCAUUUAUGAAAAAUUGGAUUCACUGUGUUAAAAAAAAUCUGUGAAAAUGGGUUUAUCCUGGCCUAAGAUUCCAUAAUAUUCUUAUUUGGAGCAGACAGAAUAUUUCACACUUGCACACCAUUCUUUAAAAUCUAAGUGCAUGCUGUCUAUUUUGUGGUCCAUUGAAAGUUCUUUUUGCAAUAUUGAUUCUAUCAUAUGAAACUGUAUAAAACUAGAAUGAGGAGUGUGGUGAGUCACUAACUCCCAAAUCAGGUAGCUGCUUCACAAUCAUAUACCACUGAACACAGCUCUGUCUGUGUUCUUGGGAGAAAUAAAUUUCAAGCAAUGCCCUUAAAAGUUUCUGAAUCUAACUCCAAAGCAGCUUUUCACCACAAGAAAGCUUUUUAAUAAAGCAGGUAAAAGAAUUGAACCUUAUUGAGAAUCUAGUUGUAUAAAACUUUGUUUGAUUCAAUAUUUGUUUAAAUGUUUGUUUCUAUAUAUACAUAUAUAUGCUAUGGAGGAUGAAGCCGAGACUACACAUUAGUAUGAGCAUGAUUAAUAGUACAUAGUUCAUCAACACAUAUUGAUAAACAGCCAGAUUUUCUGACCACUCAUUUUAAUGUUCAGAAAAUAUAAUUCUAGUCUCUAGCAUUAUCAGAUGACAAUAUCAAGAGUUUCUUAAAGCCUGUGCUGUGCUUUGACAAUCAUAAAAAAAAAGCUCUUGUUACUGUGCAUAUACUGACUGGAUCAAAACAGUGGCUGUCCAGGGUCAAAAGGUGGGUAACUGAGUCUUUAAGAAUAUUCUUAUUUGUUACCUUUUUCUAAGAAAACAGUUAAAUGCCUGAGAUGUUAAUAUAUUUCUAAGUAUGUUAACAUCUAAGAGUGUUAGUUGAACAAUUCCAAAGACAUCACAAUCUGUGAAGCUGUCAACACCAGCAUUGAAACUCCAGAAGUACCACACUCAAUCCUAUUAAAUAAUACGAUUUACUGCUGGGGAAUUUUCAGUGAAAACCUUAAUGUUCAUUAUGCUAAGAUUGGAAGAAAUACAAUCAAUUGUUAAAUAUUUAGCAUUCUCCCUCACUGGUGAUUUAAGGAAAAUUCUCAACUUAGCUAUUAUUUGAAAUGACCUGAUCAAGGACAAAUUAAUUAUAUAAACAGUUCCAGCCUGCAGCAAUCUUUUCCGUGUAAAUAUUAGGAACAUUUCAUGUGUAUAGUAAGUAAUGUUGGUGGUUUAUUUUCUUUUGUUUCUCAUUGUUGAUGCAACAGAAAGAGUCAAUUAAUGAGUGUCCACCACAGAAGGUGAAAUAAUCGGUGGUAUGAAAAUUGAUAUCCAUCAAAUUAUCUAUUGCCCUGAAUACUCAGUUCUAUUAUUAAGUAUGUCCUUUUUUCCUUGAACCUAAGGGCAUUUCUACCAUACCCACAUUGGCAGUGGCUUCUCAGUAUUACGUUAUGUGGGAAUAGUCAUUGUAAUCAAAAUUUGUCAAGCUUAAAUAUAUUCCUUCAACUGCCAAAUUAUCUUAAUAAAUUCUUUUCUUGCUGUGUAAAGGUAGAGUGACUGAUUUGUGUAACUAUAUCAUAAUCUUACCAGUUUUUAUACCAAUCACUUUGGUUAAAUGUUUUUUAAAGAACUUGGAAUUUCUGUACCAUCUUCCUAACCCACCAUUGUCACUUUGGCAGAUUCCUUGGUAAAACUAUGUACAUGUCUCAAUUCCACUUUUUCUGCUGAUAUUCUGACAAAGUAAUGUUUGGAAUUAGGAAGACUAGCGGACAUUAUCCCACAAAGUAUUUCUCAUAAUCUUUCUCAUCUCUCUAUAUUUUACCUCAAUUCAUGUCAGCAUUGCUGUCUUUUUUCAUAUUCCGUUCCAAAACACUCCCUAUUCACAUUCCCUCUCCCCUACAUUGCUUUGAAAUUAAAAAUGAAUCACACAUUCUUUCAAUAUUUUAUCCCUGUAUCUCAAAACUGUAUUCUUACAUUGGCUUAAUUCUCCCUUGAACAAUCUGCAAGCUUUUAAAACAAAGCAAGGGCUAUCUAAGUCCACUACUCAAUUUAGCUCACCUCAUUUUAUUAUUUUGAGGCUCACUGAUGUCUUGAAAUGUAGGCUUUGGUUCUUCAUCCAAGGUUUUCAACAAUUAAAGACUUGAGUGGCAUAAAA